GAUAGUACGGGUCCAUCGCUUGCAUAGGGAGCUAAAAGGGGGCCCCGUGGGGAACGUUAGGCUUGGCGAAAGACCGUGGUCUGGUUUCGUCGUCCCACAAAACAAUCUCAACAGCUACUCGCUAGCAGCUUUCCCCACACGCGCCGUACGUUCGAGAGUAGACUGAUGCCUGACCUCAUUCACCCACUUCACGUAAUGCUACAACCAAUAUCAAGCAGUGUCUCCAAGUUGGGUGAUCCUGCUAACGUGGAAGUAUGAGCUGUUCCAAUGCCGGACGUACAUAGCUCAAUCCAUGGUAGAGGUAAGAGAUUUUGGAGUAAUCCAUGGAUGGGCUAAAACCUGGGGAACGAGGGGCAUCUUUCGUCAUCUCCUUACUCAUUACCUUUAUAAUUCACUUCCCCCUUCACUGUCCAAAAUGUCACCAAGCAUCAAACCCCUAAACAUAACAAUCUAUCCAUCUUACAACAUUUCCUCCAUAUACCAAUAUACCGCGCUAUGCUUCAUCCCGCAGCACGCACACGCACCCUCUCCCUCUCCCUCGCCCACGGCAUCUCCCUCCAAACAUCCGACCUGCCCGCCUCCCCGCCUUCCACCACUACAACAACUCCCACCACCCCGCGCACGCCCCGCUGGUCGCAUCGCUUCUCCUUCGGCCGCCUGACCGCCGAGAUCGCAGCAGUGCCGCUCGCGCCUCCCUUAAUAUACCCAAGCUCAGACGCCGUCGCCGUACCCUCCCGCCCAUCACCACAUACAACAACCCCACUCACAUUCGCCCACAUGGACUGGGCGCUACCAACCUAUGGCGAGCACUACUCGCCACCCGACAACAGUAGAGUAAGAAGGCGGGAGAGCGACUGGCCCACCCGCCGGGAGAUUGAAGCGGAGGCCGGUUGUGUGAUUGCGUAUCCGGGUGAGGCAUCGCGGGGUUCGCGAGUGCGGUAUCGGGAGGUGUUGGGGGAGGCAGAGGAGAGCGGUGACGAGGUUGGGACGGUGGAGGAUGUGGAGCGGAAGAGGAGAAGGAGUAGUGUGGUGGAUGGACUGAAGAAGGGGUUGGGGUGGGUGAGGAGGUUGAGUGCGGGGAGUGGGAGGAAGGGGAGUGUUGAUGCGGUGGAGUGAGGGUUGGGGCGACUAUGGAUUUCGAGGGCGAGGGAUGCCACUCGCGACGUCGUUCGCUUAUGACACUGUGGCAAUACUUUACAAGUCCUUCAACAACCAGUGCAUAUCCUCUCCAUCACUCUACUCGGUCUUCGGCUCGCUGUACAUGCCCUUGAAAUCCCAGUUGUUCAGAUAGCCACAGCCAGCCUGCACGAGAACGUCAGUACUGUAAAGACAACCACCUUAACCAGAGCAUUAGGCUUACACUGAGGUAGGUGGCAAAUCCAAGCCAUCCUAGAUAGGGCGCGAGCAGCCAGCCACACACGGGGUCGACCUGGCCCCAGACGUAGGCCAGG